AUGGCUUCUCGUCCGGAGCGUACCUCUCGUCUGGAUAGUCGAAGCCGAAUGCGGCCACCCGCCGCCCAGCCUGCCCGUAUUGAGGCCAAAGGAACCACCUUGUUACGCGACCGCGAGGAUACUUUUGACAUUGGGCAUUGGAACUCCUCCUCCCUUGCAAGACGCGAGCGCUCUCGUUCGCAACACAGUUGCGAUUCCUCGCGAGGCGAACGCGAAGAGGAUGAGGCGGUCCUUCAGCGACGGGAGAAGCAAAUCAGUUUCGGCAAGAACACACCUGAUUAUGACCGUUACAUCAAAGCCAUACCCAAACACGAGCGCACAGCGGGUAUGCCGCGGACGCCCAACAAAUACCGAAAGUUCAGCCGACGUCAAUGGGAUGGUUUGGUCAAAGUUUGGAAACGCAACUUGCAUCGAUGGGACAAGCUGGACUCAAGUGACGAGGAAAACGAUAGCAGCCAUUUGUCAGUCAAACCCAGCCCUCAGCCCGUCAUGAGGUCCAAUUUCUUAACUAACAAAGAUGUAGCCAAUGGUGCGUGGACCCAGUCCAAAAAUUGGGAAGAGGAACUGAAAGAAGCCGAAGCCCGAUUAGACCAAUACGAUCAGGUGGAUUCGGAUGGAACAGCGGGUGAGCAACGAACGGGCUUGUACCAAGAUCAGGCGUUCCCGGGUGAUGCCUUUUGUGAACGACUCAGCCCAUACGCGUCGAUAGCUUGCAUGAUCUGUUGCCUCCUCUUGGCAUUGGCCACCCUUAUGGGCUACUUGCCCUAACCCCUCGCUCCAACUGCCCAUCAACCUGGACUCCUUUUCUAAUGGAUUUCUUUCUUGACCUCAGGUGAAGCCACUCAAGACCCAACGACCAAAGAAUCAACUCAUACGGAAGUCGCCACACACGACGAUGAAGCCUCAAACUCCCCGGUGGAGGAAAUCGAGUUCAUCGAUUGACUACGUGACUGCUCUGAUAUUACUCGCAUACUUUCACACAUCUAAUAAAUCCAAUGUUUAAUGUA